AAAGUCCAUGUGCCCACAACACCCUCUUAUAUGUACACAGGAGCUGGCCCCUCACCACUAGACGGGACAGCAGAAGAGGACAAGCAAGAGAGGUCCUCAGACUACCGGCAAGAUGAUGCUGCUACUUCUACUCAGCGGCUUAGCAAUGUCUAUUGCUGCCCCUAUUGAUCAGUGUAACCUUGACACAGUGGCAAUUGCCGGUGGCACCUACAAAGUAAGUGAAGAUGGUGAACAAGUGGAGUAUAGCUGUCCGAAAGGAAAGUAUCCAUUCCCAUCUGCUACACGUGAGUGCCAGGGGAAUGGGCAAUGGACAAAUGAAAAACAGAAAGCUAUAUGUAAAGCUGUUGAAUGUCCCAAGCCAGUCAUGUUUGAAGGUGGAGAGAUUGCACCGCGUAAAGCAAAGUAUUUUGUGGACGAUGUCCUGUAUUUCGAGUGCUGGGGUGGAUUCACAAUGUUCGGACCUGAAAACCGCACCUGUCAGGAGAAUGGAAAAUGGAGCGGAGAAACAACAAUAUGUGAUGACCAAGAUGGCCAUUGCCCCAGCCCAGGAAUCCCCAUUGGUGCCAGUAAAGUUGGUACUUCCUAUAGAAUUGAAGGCAAAGUGAGCUAUGAUUGUCAGAACGGACUCAGGAUGUUUGGAUCGAAGACGAGGGAAUGUAAAGAGAACAAGAGGUGGUCAGGAUCGGAACCAUCCUGCAGAACUGCUUACACAUAUGAUAGCCCGGAAGAAGUGGCAGAGGUAUUUGGAUCAUCCUUGGCUGAAACCAUUGAAUCAUCAGACCCGGACAGAGUCGAAGAUAAAAGCGACCGUAAACUGCAAGUAAAAACAGGUGGCCUCAUGAAUAUCUUCCUUAUCAUUGAUGCGUCAAAAAGUGUUGGAGUGAAGAAUUUCAAUACUGCAAAGAACAUUGCGACAACAUUCAUAGAGAAGGUUUCCAGCUUUGACUUUACACCUCGGUAUUCAGUCCUCACCUAUGCUUCACACAUAAAAAGAAUUGUGACUCUCUCAGAGUCUGAGAUCAAUACAGAAGCCGAAACCGUUAUAGAUGCAAUUAAAAGAUUUAAAUAUUCAGAACAUGAUGAUAAACAAGGAACUAAUACACGGGGUGCCCUUCAAGAAGUCUAUAAUCAACUGUCUCUGGAUCAACUGAGAAACGACAAAUUUCUUGAACAUUCUAAUAUUAUUAUACUUAUGACUGAUGGAAAACAUAAUAUGGGUGGAGACCCGUCUGUGGAAGUAAACAAGAUCAGAGAGUUUCUGGAUAUCAGGAAGGACCAACGUGAAGAUAAACUGGAUAUCUAUGUGUUCGGCCUGGGAGAAGACAUCAGCCAGGAUGAGCUCAAUGACAUUGCCUCCAAAAAGGAUAGAGAGAAACACGUCUUCCAGAUGGAAAAUAUAGAUGCACUGAAGAAGGCCUUUGAUGAAAUAAUCGAUGAAACAAGUGCAUUUGAGAUGUGUGGGCUCUCCAAGGAUCAUUCAGAAGAAGACACAAAAGAUAAUAAUGAAAAAUAUCCAUGGAUUGCCAAACUUACAAUCACUAGGCCGGGAGGAGUGGAGAGCUGUAAAGGAUCCAUUGUUACCAAAAACUUCAUUCUGACUGCUGCUCACUGCUUCCACUUGGAUGAUGAAGCGCACUUUGUCAAUGUGGAAUUAGGUCCAUCUGAAAGAGCAAAAGUUACACGGAAAGUAAAAAACAUCCACCGCCAUCCAAAAUAUGAUCCCAACGGCAAAAAAGAUAAGAAUAUUCCAAAAUUCUUUGAAUAUGAUUUGGCUCUUGUCGAAUUGAGCCAAAAGGUUGAUUUUUCUUCAACAGUCAGGCCUAUUUGUCUUCCAUGUACAAGUGGAACAUCCUGGGCAAUAAAACAACGAGACAAGGCUGCGUCUUGCAAGGAUCAUGAAAACUUUCUACUGUCUAAAGAUCUGGUGAAAGCGUUAUUUAUUUCAGAGAAAAGUAAAAAUAAUUUGGAGCAGAUGACUGUCCACAUUAAGCAAGGAAACUCGAGACUAGGUUGCCUUAAAGAUGCAGAGAAAGUGGAAGAAUUUAAAGAUGUGGUAGAUAUCAAAGAUGCUGUAACUGACAAUUUCCUGUGCACCGGAGGAAUAGAUCCUUCAGUGGAUCCCCAGACCUGCAAAGGAGAUUCUGGUGGUCCUCUUAUUAUACAACAUGGAAAGCGUUACAUCCAGGUCGGAGUAAUAAGUUGGGGAACAGUGAACAGCUGCAAAGGUUAUAAAAGGGAACGAGUCCCUGCAACUUCCCGGGACUUCCAUGCUUCCGUUAUUCCUGGGAUGGCUUGGAUAGAAGAAAUUAUAAAAGAUGAACUUAUAUACCUGAAGUGAAUGUUCCACACCUUGUGGGCAUAGAAGAAUGAAUAAGACUCAGUGUUGAUUGUGUGACAACUUACCGAUAUUUCUGAGAAGAAUGAUAUUUCAGCUUUGGACAUUGGCCACCAUCUUCUUAAUGCUCUUGGGGACUCUGGCAUUUACUCUGUACUUAUGCUUCUCUCAUGAAGAGCUCUCACUCUCUUUGUUGGAUCUUUGCAUCACUCUACAUUAUCCAGAGCAUCAGGAUGAGCUAGAAUCCAUAAUAGCAUUAGAGGGAGGAGAAAAUAAGAAGCCAAUGGGUAAAAUUACUAGAAUUUAGUCAUAAUUGAUAUAAAUCUUUUGGAAGGGCUUCCCCUAAAAUAGACCUAUACAUUCCUAAAUACAUCUCUCUGAAUUAUGGUUAAAAAGGGUAUAGCAAGCUC